AUGCAGGCCGGCAGUCGGCGCACAAGGGAGGUAGAUGCAGUGCCAGUGCCUCAGUCACUUGUGCGGAACGCCAAAAACUUCCUCCUAGAAAAGCUUAAACGAGCCACUGCAGAGGACCUUCUCGUAAGCGACGAUGCAGUUGCUCUACCCAAGAUCAGGCCAAGGGUGGCGUAUCUUCUUCUGGCGAUCAACCUUGGGGUGUAUGGGGCGGGGCUUGUGGCUGGGCUGGGUCCAGAGGGCGCUGAUGCUCAACAGGAUUAUUUUUUAGCACUGGCCAAAACGGACGUCGGUGUAGAAGCUGGAGAAUACUACAGGUUAAUUACAGCAAACUUCUUGCACGACUCCUUUGUGCACCUGGGUUCCUCCUGCUACGCUCUAGCCACAGUUGCGCCAGCCAUUGAGGAGGUCCUCGGAUGGGACAUCUUCCUGGCCACAUACUUGCUGUCGUCAGUUGGGGGAUCUGUGGGCACCUUCAUUCUGGGCGAUGCGGUGACUGUGGGAGCCUCCAGUGGAAUCUUUGGCGUCAUUGGAGCUCUGGUGGCCUAUCUGUUGAAGAACAGAUCCCUGGAGCGCACUUCAAAGCAGCUGGUAUCCAUUGCUGGCGUGGUGGGCGUCAACCUAGUCAUGGGCGGGCAUGCAGCAGGCCUGCUGACGGGCGCUUACAUCGGCUAUGGACUCUCUCCUGUACUGCUGCCGCCGAAGAAGAGCUCGGAUGCUAACACCUCAGCUGUACAAGAGAAUGAGCAAAGAGAGCAAGAGGAUCAGGUAGAUGUAAUGCAUGUGGACCACAGCGGCGCUCUGCGCAGAUGGGCAGGCUAUGUUGCCUUUGCCGCGACAUUAGGACUCAUGACGGCUGGAAUAGUAGUCAUGCGCACAGGAGAGCUGCCUGCACCCAAGGGCCUUGAGCUGCUUGUAUUUUGA